GUCUGGAGGGACUGGGAGAAGAAGGGAGGGGGCUGGGGCGUGUGGCUGGGACAUGUCAGCACAACACUAGGUCUCCCUCCUCCCCCCCUGCGUUGUGUCCCCAGUGUACACUCACUCCCAGACUCACACUCUGUACACAGCAGCACCCAGGCCGGGCACACUCAGGCCAAGGAUGAGCGACAGGUGCUGAGGAUGACCUAGCCAGGGGGGGGCGCAGGAGAUGCUGGGGGGGCCGCACCACAAAACACCCAAAACUGAGAUUGUGCAGAAGCUUCUGCGGCAUGGAUGAAAGAUAACCAAGAGACAAAGGGGAUGUGAGGGGACUUACAUGGAGAGGGACAUACUGGGCAGCACCUGUUGGAAAGGAGAAACCAAGACAAGGUCCAUUCCAGGCCAGUGAGGCCCCACCAGCCCGGGGGGCUCGGUGCCAUAGACCCUGGGAUUGUGGCCUCCUGCAGCCCCCGGGGCCAUGUUCUGUCUGAAGACCCUGAACCCAGGAGCAGAUGGAGCUAGUGAAGGACUCGCACAAUGAGGCCCGGACUCCCUAACACGCUAUUUAUGGAUUAUCAAGCCCUCCCUGACUUCCAGCCACACCGAAGCCCAAUACCCUAUGGGCGUGAAGGCAGCAUGGUGCCUGGCAUUGGAGACCCACCACCUAGAGAGAGGCAUCGGGUGGUGAUGUACCAGCAGGAGAGUUUAGCUUUUGGCGGUGUCCCCCCUCUUUGUACUGAGAGACAGAUGGGGUUCAGUACUGUGCAGAGUCCUCUCCACACCGGGAUUCCUGGAAUGACAAACCACAUACAAGAUCACUGGAUUAUGGGAUACCACAACAAAAGUGUGGACCACGUCAUGGAGCCCCCCACCCCAUCCAGAGACCAUCAUCAUCUCUCAGAGGACCUAACCCUCCAGGAAAAGAGGAACAGCAGCACAGAGAGUGACAGCGACCAUCCCGAAACUCCAUCUGUCUCCGGCCAGGAGGAUUCUAGACCUCUCUGCAGAACAUCACGGCACUCAGACAGAGCCAAAUCAGCCUGGCGUAAACUUCGUCUCUACCUUCCCAAUCACGGCAACCCCCUACCUUCUCCAUCAGGAGAGGACGACUCUGUGUUUCCUGAACUUGAAGACCCCAAUCCUCCAGCAGCUGAAGUAAAAGACCCUCCAGAGAUUCUGGAGGUGACAUCUCCCCCUGGAAAAGUGGAGCAAGAGAGGUGGAGAUUCUCAGCCACAGAACUCAUCUCUAAAUUGCAGGUCACUCAGCGGAAGAACAACUUCACCGCCAGGAUCGGAAAAUCCCUAUCCACCAAGAUCACCCUGAGAGAGCGAGGGGCAUCGGCAGGACAGGAGGAAAAAUCUGGAAAAAGAGAAAGGAGGUGCAACAGUGCGGGGGUGAGCAGUCUCCUCCAACCUACCACCGUGGACACAGACACCUCGUGGCUCAGGAACAAAUUGACAGAUGGAGAGCCUAGUCCUGCGAGACCACCAAGCCAGGAGGUAGAGAGUCACAUGAGACCUUCAGCUCGUAAAGAAAGACAGCAUGAAAGUCACAUCGAUGCAGAGAACACAGAUAGAAGACAGUCGUAUUGUGAGAGGAGGCAGUCACGCUUCCUGCUGAGCUCGAUCCUGUAUCAGGAGUACAGUGACGUGGCCAUAAACCGAGAGCUACAGCGGCAGAAGCGAGAAGACACAACCGGGGAGGAAGACGAUGUGUCCGCCAGUCCCAAGAGCAACCUGUCCCCCAGCAGCUCCUUCCGCUCCCAGCGCUCGUCCCGAGGGUCCACGUUCUCUCUGUGGCAGGAUAUCCCAGAUGUGAGGGGCAGUGGUCUGCUGAACACCCUGACCAUCCAGGAGAGGAAACUGCAAGAGGCUAAGUUCGAGUUAGUGACGUCUGAAGCUUCAUACGUGAACAGUUUGUCCAUAGUUGUGGAUCAUUUCCUGAACUCCUCUGAGCUGAACGAGUGUCUCGGGGCCCAGGAGAAGCAGUGGCUUUUCUCUAAACUUCCAGAAGUGAAGGAGAUCAGUGAGAGGUUCCUGGCCGACCUGGAGGAACGUCUGGAGGAGGACAUCCUGAGAUUCGAUGUAUGUGACAUUGUGUUACGUCACUGCCCAGAGUUGCGUAGAGUUUAUCUUCCGUAUGUCACCAACCAGGCCUAUCAAGAACAGACCUACCAGCGGCUGCUACAAGAGAACACUCGCUUCCGUGGAGUCCUGGCCAAACUGGAGGAGGAUCAAGUCUGCCAGCGCCUGCCCCUCACGUCCUUCCUCAUCUUGCCCUUCCAGAGGAUCAUGCGUCUGAAGAUGCUGGUGGAGAACAUAUUGAAACAUACGGCCCCCGGGUCCCAUAAUGAAGAAACGGCGAGUCAAGCCUUCACCGAGCUCAAGAAGUUGGUGAAGGAGUGUAAUUCCAGUGUCCAGUCCAUGAAGAGAACUGAGGAGCUCAUUCAUCUCAAUAAGAAGAUUCACUUUGAAAGUAAGAUUUUCCCGCUGAUCUCGCAGUCUCGCUGGCUGGUGAAGCACGGGGAACUGACCGAACUGGACAUGCAGAUUCCGAACACGGCCGGAUCGCGAUUCAAGCUCUGCCCCAAAUCGAUGUAUCUGCAUCUGUUCAAUGACUGUCUCCUGCUCUCCAGGAAGAAAGAGUUGGGCCGUUUCGCCGUCUUCGCGCACGCACAGGUGUGUGACCUGAAGGUAACGGAUCUGAGCUGGAAGCUGCAGGAGGUUCCCGGGGAAGUGUUCCACGUCCAGCUGUGCCACGAGCAGAAACCCAAACAUCAGAUCCUACUGCGAGCGCAGAGCGAGAGUCAGAAGCAGCGAUGGAUCUCGGCCAUGUGUCCCUCAAACCCGCUCAGUGACCUCGAGAACAUGACAGAAAGUGAAGAUGCCCCACAAGUGCAGUGCAUCAAGGCUUACACAGCGCAGGAGCACGACGAGCUGACCCUGGAGAAAGCUGACAUCCUCCGCCUUACUGCCAAAACCAGCGAUGGAUGGAUGGAAGGUAUCCGGCUCUCAGACGGAGAGAGGGGCUGGGUGCCGGCGACUCAUGUGGAGGAGAUCACCAAUAAGAACGCUCGGCUGCGCAACCUGAGGGAGAACAAAAGAAUCAAGCACGCCACCAGCAAACUAGAGAUGAAACCUCCGUAGUCUGAACCCCCCCCAAUGACAUGCUCCCCCAUGUGGGGUUGUGGUCCGCACAUAGAACAUUUCAACGUCCUGUACAUUUCAGCUGUCUAUCUGUAGUUGUACUGUCCCCUUGUUUGCUCAUGGGGACCCCCCCAAUGUGAUUGGAACCUUCAUACCUUGGUGGGGAUAUAGAAGAGGCCUUCGAACCCGUCACACAGGACUGCUGCAAUAAACAACGACUUUCCCAUGAUCCUGAGAAGAUGCCAUCUGUGAGGGACAAGGAGACCUGCAGCACGAUAGUGACACAAGUGCCGACGACUUGCCAGAACCACGAGGAUGAAAUAUUCCGGCCAAUCUUUGUCCAUGUUGGGUGGGCUGAACCCCCCCGAGAGACGCAGUAAUAAUGUAAUAUAAAUAGCAGGAGAUCAUAUGAGUCUCCAUAGACCACGAGACGUGGAAUGGCCACAGAGAACUCUGUAUAUAGCCCGACAUUGCUGUGUAAUUAAAUCUCCUUCAUAUCA